AUGGCCUCCACCGCUCAAAUGCAGAGACCUUACCCACCCAUCUAUCAUACCCCCCAGUCCAAUUCACCAGCAUCGGUAGCUUCACAAACGCAUGAUCAGCAUGGUCGAAAUCUCUAUACGCAGUCACCACAGAUGGCGCCCCAGAUGUAUGCAUAUCCGCCAUACUCCCCCAUCAACCCCGUUCAGGCAUCGCCAUAUGCGGCACACCCUUCACCCCAAUCGCAUGCUCUCACAACACAGUCUAUGAUGAUGCCACCACAGACAACAACAGCGCAGAUGCCACCACAUCAAUCCUCACACACUCCCAACCCAGGCUUAUCCAACAGCCCGGUCAUGAAGAUGGACUCAACAUCACAGUCAGGGCCCAACCAGCGACCAAUGCUCAAUCCACCUCUUUCGUCGCCUACAUCUGCUCUUCAAGGAAGUUCUGUCCAGUCGCCUCUUGGCGCCAGCUCCAGUGCUGCACCGGGUCCCAUUCCAGCUACCACCCCUCUGGUGGUACGGCAAGACAGCAACGGCGUGCAAUGGAUAGCCUUUGAAUAUUCGCGGGACCGAGUGAAGAUGGAGUAUACAAUUCGGUGUGACGUUGAGUCGGUGAACGUGGACAAUUUAAGCUUAGAAUUCAAGACGGAAAACUGCGUGUAUCCGCGCGCCUGCUGCAACAAAGACAACUAUAAGGGCAACCGUCUUGUCUACGAAUCGGAAUGCAAUGCCGUGGGCUGGGCCCUGGCCGACCUGAACCCGGCUUUGCGAGGUAAGCGUGGUCUCAUCCAGCGCGCCGUCGAUAGCUGGAGGAACAGCAACCAGGACCCUCGACUUCGCAGUCGAAGAGUCCGUCGUCAGGCUAAGCUCAGCCGCCGACAGUCAGUGCCUGCUACCCCGAUCCCUCCCCCACAGAUGGUACCUGGUGGACCUGGCCCUCUCGGUCAUGGAAUCCCCAGUAUUGUUCCUCCGAUGCAACACCCACCUCCCAGUUCUCGCCCUAGUAUAUCGGGUCCUAUGAACAUGGGUCCCCCGCAGCUGCAUCAUCAUCACGCUCAACCGGAUGGCAGCCCUAAGAUUGAGGAAGUCAGCGGCACUACAGAUUACGGAACUCACCGUCCACUGGAGACCACCCGUCUCCCGCACGCACCUCUCGCCGUCGCCGAUAUUCGCCCAGCACAAGUCUUUCAUGACCCCCAUAUCCUCCCAACGCCCGCCGGUGCCGGUUCCCUUGGCCCAUCCAUGCCCCCCAUGCUCCGCGACAGUGGCUUGGGUGCAAUGAGUCGCCACCCAACAAUUGCCACCUCCAACCGUGUGGAGGCGCCAGCAACGGCACCAGUGGCAGCGACAGCAGACACAGACGACGAGCAAAGCCCGAGCAACGAAGACCUCUUCGGCCAGCUCCCCGGCGGCAAGCGACGCACGUUCAUCCUAGUCGAAGACCCACAGCGAGGCUCGCGUGUUCGCGUGAAGGUCGGCCUGGAUAAGAUCAACAUGGACGACCUACCGGACUCGUAUCGCAAGCUUAACGCCGUCUACCCACGCACCUAUUUUCCGGUGCAGAUGAAAGACGGACCAGGGGCGAGCGUCCCGUCGAACCGGUAUUUCCGUGAUGACACGGAGGUCGCGGAUGACGAUGCGUUGACUGUUGGACGGACUACGGUUCCUACGCCCUCAUUGGAUGGCGAGCGAGACAUUGUUGUGCCUAAGCUUUCGCGGCGGGGACAUCGGAAGGAGGUCAUGUUGAAUGAUCUGGGGUAUCGACUUAGUUGGAGUCAGAGUCGAGUUUUUGCGGGGCGCAUGUUGUUCUUGCAGCAGUCGUUGGAUGCCUACCGCAAUAAAAUGCGCAGUUCGAUGUUAGCGGCAGGACAGGAUCCGGCGGAGAUUCCGGAGCAUUUUGAUACCCGGCGUGGCAAGCGACGAUUUUUGGAGCGGGCGGGUCGGAUGGGGUCAGCGGUGCAGCGUAGUGCGGAGGAGGUAGAGGGGUAG